CAAGGAAGCCGCAAAGAAGCGUUUUCUAUCAAAUUUCGCUCAACUGAAAGUCUAAAAUGACACCUUAGUCGUUAACGUCUCGUCGUACCGUCGCCACUCAAAAAGCAAACUCACUGUUUUAUGUCAAACGACCUCUGUCUGACUGUUGACAAUGGUUUUGGGGUGAAACUUGCUGCCUAAGUGAUGUCUCGACACGUCAAGAAAUCCCCAUCUGUUUGUACGGAUCUACCACUGGACAACACCGACAUCUGUAACAAGCUUAAUUUGCUGAAGCAGCUUCUGAGGUCUUGUUUUGGUCCGACAGGUAGACUCAAACAAGUUCAUAACAACAUUGGAGGGCACGUUGUAACCACCUCAACGUCCUCAGUUCUCCUUUCAGCCAUUUCCUCCUCACAGCCUUUUAUCAAUCUGAUAAAAACCUCCAUUAUCAACCACGUUUCACGUUUUAGUGACUGUGGUUUGUUUGCUGCCAUUCUUUGUUUGUCUCUAAUUGAGCAAGCAAAGCAGUCUGGUGUCAGAAGAAAUGUGGCUAUCAGAGUGAACAAGCACCUGCUGGGUCUGUGCAUCAGUUACCUGCAACAGGAAGACUGUGGCUGCAAAGUGAAGCUCGACUUCUGCAGCAGCCAGAGCUUGAUCACAUUAGCUCGCAGUGUUAUUUCCAGCAAACCAGCAUGUGUGCUAACAGAGCCAGAGGCAUUUCACAUCAGCAGGUUGGCGGUGCAAGCUUUUUUGCUGACUGUUCCUUGUAACAGCCCAGGUAUAGUCAGUCUUGGCAAAAUAGUGACCAUCUCUGUUGAAGGUCUUCCUGUGUUGAACUCUGCAGUGUUUCCAGGUUUACUGGUAGACAUGCCUGAUGUAUUUUGCCUCAACAAGGCAGAGAACCUGCACUCAAAUCCACUGCGCAUGGUGUUGUUCAGUGCAUCUCUUGCUGGAGAUCUUUCUGAACUUGGUGAUGGGAUGAUUGAGGUGCACCCAGUUGUAGACACAGACUCACAGAUCCUGGAUCAGCUCCUGGAGGUGGGCAAACAGGUAGUUAAAGAUGAGAUAAAGCUCUUUGUAUGCCAGAAGGUCAUACACCCAGUCCUGCAGCAAUACCUGAGGAGUCGCGGUAUCACAGUGAUAGAGAGACUGGGAAUCAAUCUCAUGGAGCCACUGAGUCAGCUGACAGGUGCUCAACCUGUAGCCACAUUACACACCACAAUCCCAGCCAAGGCCUAUGGGAUGGUGAGGGAUCUCAGUAUUAGGGAGUUUGGAUCCAAGGCAAUGCUGCAUUUCCACCCACCUGAGAAUUCGGCAAUCUGCACGAUGAUCCUCUGCCACAGGAACGAGACCAUGUUAAGUGAGUUGAAGGUUGUGUGCCAGAAGACAGAGCACGUGUUGAGGCUCACCCUGAGGGAGCCAUCUGCCUUACUUGGAGGUGGGUGCACUGAGACCCACUUAGCAACUUAUGUCAGACACAAGAGCAUGAACGAAGUCACAGAUGCAGCAUCAGCACUUGGGUGCUCACAGACCGAGUACCUUCGUGGCGUGGAGGGAUUCUGCCGCUCUUUGGAGUCUGUGGCCACGGCACUGGAGCACGACAGUGGGAAUUCUUUAAUGGAUCUGACUCAUGCUCACCACUGGACUCACCCUGCAGAUGUCAUGACGGAACACACAAAGGAUAGUUUGGGCUUUUGUGGCUGUGGAUUGAUAGAAAGUCGCCCAAAUCAGAAGUGGACUUAUUUAAACACUACAUACCCACAGUUCUCACCUGCACCUCUGUCUGGACUCACUACUGCGCAGCCACGUGUGCUCGACUCCUUCACAGCUAAACUCAAUGCAUUGCAAGUGGCUGUAGAAACUGCUAAUCUUGCACUGGAUGUGCAAUAUGUAAUUCAAGAUAUGAACUAGCACAGUAGGCAUUGUAUCCAGUGAGAAACUGUGGUUUGUGAUAACCAAAAUGAGGGAUAAAAAGUAGUAAACAGUUUAGACGCUAGAUCAGGGACACCCAACUUGCUUUGCAUGGGAGCAGCCCAGACUGUUAGGGGUUCUGGGGGAGUCUCUCCUAGCACUUUAUUUUUUAUAAACAAGUUCUAUUUUAACACCUUUUUGCAUCCUGGAACCUUAUUUACAUUCAAAGUACAAUCAGUACUUUGCUUCAGUAAUGUUACCAACAAAUACUGAAUACUAUAGUGAUUGUUAGUUACUUUGUGAAUUCUGACCAUAAUUUACCAGCCUUGCUCUCAUCUCACAAAUAUCCUCUACUUAUGGUGUUUGUCAGGAAACAGUUUUAUCUCCAAACAUUUCAUAUUCACCAGCUGUCUCACCACCUCUUCCAUCCAACACUUGAACCUUACAACUGACCUUAAAGGUCCAGUGUGUAGGAUUUAGGGGGAUAUUAUGGCAGAAAUGGAUAUAAUAUUCAUAACCAUGUUUCCAUUAGUGUAUAAUCACCUGAAACUACGAAUCAUUUUGUUUUCAUUACCUUAAAAUGAGCCGUUUAUAUCUACAUACGGAGCGGGUCCUCUUCCACAGUGUCCCUGAUGUUGUGUCUACAGUAGCCAAGAACGGACAAAUAAAAUACUGGCUCUAAAUAGGGCCAUUUGUGUUUUUGUGUCAUCCACUGUAGUUCUACACACUUGGCGCACAGGAGAGUUUUCAGUUGGUUGCAAUCUGCAGCCUCACUGCAAUAUGCUUGUAAAAACUACACACUAGACAUUUAAAUGAUAUUUGAAAGAGUGUACACAUUUAGGGAAUGAAAAGGGAA